GCAUUUGGAAGAGAAUCUAAUUAGCAUGAUAGAACGUGGAGCAUUUCAAGAUCUAAAGCAACUAGAACGACUACGCCUGAACAGAAAUAAACUGCAAGUUCUUCCAGAAUUGCUUUUUCAGAACACGCUGAAGCUAACCAGACUGGACUUAAGUGAAAACCAGAUUCAAGGCAUCCCUAGGAAGGCUUUUCGAGGAAUUACUGAUGUAAAGAAUUUGCAACUGGACAACAAUCAGAUCAGCUGCAUUGAAGAUGGAGCUUUCCGAGCCCUCCGUGACUUGGAGAUUCUUACCCUCAAUAACAACAACAUCUCACGCAUCCCUCUCACCAGCUUCAACCAUAUGCCAAAGAUCAGAACCUUGCGGCUUCAUUCCAAUUAUUUAUACUGCGAUUGUCACCUGGCAUGGCUUUCAGAUUGGCUGCGCCAGAGGCGAUCGGUUGGACAAUUCACCUUCUGCAUGGCACCUGUUCACCUGAGAGGGUUCAAUGUAGCUGAUGUUCAGAAAAAAGAAUAUGUCUGUACAGGUUCACAUGCUGAACCACCAUCCUGCAAUGCCAAUUCUGUCAAUUGCCCAUCUGCUUGCACUUGCAGUAACAAUAUUGUGGACUGUCGAGGAAAGGGCUUAACUGAACUUCCAGGCAACCUACCAGAAAAUAUUGUGGAAAUCCGUUUAGAGCAGAAUUCCAUAAAAGCCAUUCCCGCUGGAGCCUUCUCUCAAUACAAGAAACUUAAAAGAAUUGAUAUCAGCAAAAAUCAGAUAUCAGAUAUUGCACCAGAUGCUUUUCAUGGAUUGAAAUUACUCACCUCUCUAGUACUUUAUGGAAAUAAGAUCACAGAGAUUCCCAAAGGCCUUUUGGAUGGGCUUGUAUCUUUGCAGUUAUUGCUCCUCAAUGCAAAUAAGAUCAAUUGCCUGAGAGUAAACACAUUUCAAGAUCUGCAUAAUCUUAAUUUGUUAUCUCUCUAUGAUAAUAAACUGCAGACUAUCAGCAAAGGUCUUUUUGCUCCUCUUCAAUCAAUUCAAACGUU